CUGAUGUCAUCACUACCUCACAAUCUAUUACUAGAAUAAAAGGCCAGCAGUCGGAACAACUGUGCUCUGUGCGAGAGAGAGAGGAGAGCGAGAAGGAGAGCGAGACGGAGAGUGAGAGCGAGAGCGAGAGUAAGAGAGCGCCAGAGCCAGAGACAGGAAGAGAGAGCGAGAGAGGGAGGCAGGGAGGUGGAAGAAGAAGGAGAGAAGGAGAGAGGUGGCAGGAGACGGAGAGAGGAAAUCCUUGCACUUCAACAUGGCACAAAGGAAUGGAGUAUUUCCCCAAGACUUGGUCCAGGAGCAGCCAAAAAGUCGCUUUGAGAAGACAAAAAGGAUGAUUUUCCGAGGUCCCCCUCACCGAAUAGCACCCGCUGCAAAGAACAACAUGCAACAGCUGGACCUCAAGGGCCAGGAGGACAGCAUUCCUGCCAAGCCAAAAGUGGAGGCAAAGGACAUUGGGGACCCAUCCUGGGUGAGGACUUUGCCUUCCACUGUUGCUAAUAAUACCCUGGCAUCUCCUUCAAUCAUGAUGGAACCAUUCCCUCCUAUUUCCCUCAAAAGUCAUCCAAAAGCCACCCUGGCCUGUCCUGGCCAAGGAGUCAAUGCUGCUUCGAAGGGGACCUCAAAAAUCCAUUCCACUGGGGCCACAGAAUGCCAAACAUCCUCCAAGACUGGGCUUGAACUCUCCUCUCUUUGGUCCCAGGGAGAAGCUUUUGCCACCCAAGGAGCAACUCCUGUCUAUGCCGUCAAAAGUUUCAAUAAUCGUUGGAAGAGGACCACCAAAAUAUCCCCGCCAUUGCUGCCUGAAUCCAAGACAGCUUUCAGAGAUCUCUCAGAAGCCUCCUUCAAUUGGGCCCAGGGAGAUGCUUCCGCAGCCCAAGAUGCCAGCCCAGUCAGUGACGUGAAAGGAGUCAGUGCGCCUUGGAAAAGGAAACCCAAAAUAUCUCCAGCCAUGACCAAUGGGUCCAAGACAUCCCAAAAAGUUGUCUCUGAAACCACAUCCAAUUGCCCUCAGGGAAAACGUUCUUCUCUCCAAGAAGCCCUCCGAGUCUGUGGCAUGAGAGGAGUCUAUGCUCCUCGGAAAAAGAAGACCAAUGUAUACCCGACCGUACCCAUUAGAUCAAAGACAUCCCCCAAAGUGGUGUCUGAAACCUCCAAUGGGCCCCAGACAGAAGCUUAUGCAAGCCAAGAAGCCACCCCAUACCCUGGCAUCAAAGUAGUCAUUACUGGGAUAAAGAGGAGCACCAAAGCAUCCCCAGGCCUCCCAAGUGAGCCCGAGCGAUCCCCUGAAAUUAUCUUCGAAUCUUCCUACAAUUGGCUCCAGGAAGAGUGUGCUGGAACCCAGAAAGCUACCACACUCUGUCCCCCCGAAGCCAGUGGUCGCUGGAAGACGACAGCCAAAGUCCAACGACCCUCGUUCCCCCAAUCUGAACCUUUGCCUAGGAUGGUCACCGACAACUCCUCCCCAAGGCCUCAGGAGGAAGAUUGUGAACAGCAAAGUGCAUUUCGGGCCUUUAUAGAAAAUUUACACCUUAGUGGAUUCAAGGAAGCUUAUCGAGCUCUCCUGAUUUCUCCUAGAAAAAGGAACCAAUUUGUAACUGAGAAAGAAUAGAGACAUUAAUAUUACACUUGGGGUAGCACAGGGAGCCCUUCACACACAACUCCAAAAGCUGUAAAAAAAAGAAAAAAGCCAUUGAGCUAGGGAUGAAGCUCUCUAAAGUGGCAACUCACCCAGGCUAAAUACACAGAAACAAGUGGGGACUCCCGGAGAAGAUGGGAGUGGCUGGAGCCUCAGCAAGGAAGCACAGAGACCUUCAUCUCUCAGAUUUUCCUGUCAAGUUGAGGCCUGAGUGAACCUGGGCUGACUAGGAUGGCAGCUGGGGCAGUUGUGCCACUGUGAACCUGUGGAUAUGGCCCUGGGGAGGAGGAAGCAGUCCCCUGUGGGUGCAGAGUUAGGGGACUGGGAUGCUGCUGGCAGCUGGUACUUGCAGGUGAGGGGAGCUCUUGCUUUGAGGUUCCAGUUCAAAGAGUUUGACGUUCCUGGUCAGAGUCUUUGGGGUUCUUGUUCAAGAGGACACCAUUGAAGGGAAGCUUCAGGAACUUUGCCCUCACACAUCAAUUAGUGGAAUUUAACACUCAUUCCUCUUUUUAUAAAUGUACCUGCAAACAAGAACCCCACCAUUGAAAUAUGUUAUCGGAACAAGGAAAUGGGAGUUCAUCUUCAGAGGAAGACACUUAAGUAAAAAAGCUUUUACCCCAAAGAGUAAUGUGUAAUGGCUGCAAACCAAAAAAAAAAAAAAAUGUGAAGAACUCCCAAAAGAAUUUAAAAAUUAAAAGAAAUUGAAAACAAAGUAACCUGGAAAAAAAUGCUUCCAAGAAAAAACAAAAGCUUAUCAAAAAAGGAAAACAAAUGUGCAAAGCAGGAAAAUAGUCUCAAGAUGAAAAUAAGUCUUUGAAAAAUGAAUACUGGCAAUGGGAAGACAUCAAAGUGAGGAAUAAAUAAGAAAUUACAAUAGAGAUUGUAAAAACUGAAAACAAUUUGAACAAAGUGAAACAGAACUUAAAAGAGAGAUCUGGAGAACAGAUUAGGAAUAGACAAUUGAAGGAAUGGGACAACCUGAACAUUUCAACGACAAAAACAAACGAACAGGUUAACACAAUAAUGUAAUAAAUAAUUUGGCAAUAUUAUUUGGAAGGAUAGGACAUGAGGGGAAAAUGUCCAUAGAAAAAAAUACCCCCCAAUACCAAAUAAAUGAAAUCCAUUGGUAGAAAACAAAUCAGAAUAUUAAUGCUAAUGUAAACCCAUACAUCAAAGGAAAAAAAUUUGGAAGAAACAAAAGAAAACUCAUAUAAGAAUGAACUAUCAUUGGAAUUUGCCAAGACACAUCAGCAGCUCCAGUUAAAGACUGCAGAGACUUAAUGAGUGCUGCUUCUGAGAAGAGAUUGCGGAGACAGGGUGAACAGAAAGGAGAAAAACGCAUGAAGCAGCAUGGUUCAACACCAAUUUAGGAAGACAAAGAGGAAAAACAUCAAGACAAAAGGCGAGGGAAGCUAAGGAGAGAAAGAAGAGGGAAGAGAAAAGUGAGAGUUUACAUGGGAAACUUUUCAUACAGCAUGAUUUAAAAAUUUAUUUUCUUAAUCUUAAAAUUAAUAUUUUUUCAAAUGUAGAGAAUUCAACAUUCAUUUUUGUCAAGCUUUGCGAUCCCAAUGUUCUCCUUCACUCUUAACCCCAUUGUUCUGAAGACAGCAAGUGACCUAAGUGAAAUAAUUACAACUCUUUUAUGCACUAAGCCACAUUUUUCAGGUUGUGGAAGAAAAAAUCUAGUCCUGAGGCAAAAAAAUCUGAAGAAAGCAAAAAAAUAAGGAAUCUCUGUAUGGCCCCCUGACUCAGAUUGCACCUCCAGGUGCAAACAGAAAGCAUGGAUUCGAUGCUUGCAAGGAGAUGUCCCACCACACCAAGGGAGCAGUCCAGCAUGGUAUACGGCCUCAGGACAGAAAGAGGGAUUGGAUUAAAUAGAACUUUUCCUAUUGGAAAAGGUGGAUGGAUGGAAAAGAAUGUAACAAUUGACCUAUGACCAGCAAUAUCGUCUCCAUGGGUCAUGGGACUUCCUGAAACACAAGCCUAGGGUCUGAUAUUUUCUGCCCUACAAUCUUCAAGGAAUAGAAAUCGUGUGAUGUCCUGAAACUUGGGCCUAAAGUCCUAGAGCCUCUGAGAAACCUUCCCCUGCUUCCAUUCAAUCCCCUCUCUUAAAAUCAUUCCUUCUCCCACCAAUUCUGAUGCAUUUCUUCAAGUAGGACGUCCUGCUUGUUGAGACCUUCAGGCUCAUCUUUCUCUGUAGUAACUGUAACCCACCAUCUACCAUAUGGGAAGGUCCAAUAUCAGUGGCAGCUUUCCAGCAACAAUAUAGCUAAGGAAUCCUGGCCCAUUUUAUUGCUUAAGUCCAUAAGGAAGGCGGUGAUGGCAUGAUGCUACUUAAAGCAUGAGCAGAAAGCAGAGACCGGGCUCUCACCAUGUUCCACCUGAACAUUUUCAGCAAAAAAGGAAUCUUAAUACAAUGAUGGAAGAAAUAUUUUGGAAAUAUUGUCUGUAAUGCUAGGACAUUUUCCCCAAUGUCCACAUAGGGAAAAAAUCUCCCAAUACCAUCUCAACAAAAUCCAUUCUGGAAAACACAUCAGAAAAUUAGUGCUAAAUGUAGGAACCCAUAGAGUAAAAGGAAAAUUUUGGAAGAAAAAAACAUGUAAGAGGGAACUACAAGACUACAAGGAUUGCUGGAAACCCUGUCUUCACAGAGACACAAUUGGCAUCUGGCAGCCAGUGUUAUCCAUGCAACUCUAGCACUGGCCAGGCUCAAGGCAGCAGGGCUAUUGCCCCAUUCUUCCCACCUCAAGCAGUCAAGACUGAGAUGCAUUUGUGACAAAGGGACCAAGGUCUCAUCUUCUGCACCUGCUUAAGCCUUAAAGGGGUGAGGAGUUGACUCAGCCUGGUGGGGUGCGGACGGAGGAGCUGAGAUGGAUGACUUGUAGGCGGCAGCAGCAGGAUGGGGGUGCUGAGUGGCAGAAUCAGGGACCUGGUGACUCCAUGUUUACCAAAUCAGUGGGAUCUCAUUACUUACAGUCUUGAAGAAACAACUCUCUCAAGUAGAAGAAAAAUGGAAGGAUGAAAUGUGAGUAAAAUACAAUAGACAAAAUUUGAGUUAGUAGGAGGGUUACAAAGCACAGUAACCCCAGUCUGGGCCAUCAAAGGCUCCAUGGAAGAGAACAGCCAAAGUGUCCCCGGCACUGCCCUCUGAGUUCAAAACAUGCCCCAGAGUUCUCUUGGAACCUUCCUUCAAUUGGGCUCAGGGGGAAGGUCCUCCAUCCCAAGAAGACAGUCCAGUCUCUGCCAUCAAAGAAGCCAAUGCUCCUUGGAAGAAGACCACCAAAUUAUCCCCGGCUCUCUUCAUGGGAAACCACAGAAGUAAAGAAUAACCAAGAAAUUAUAAUAGAGAUUGUAAAUAUUGAAAACAAAUUGGGGGCGGAGCAGGCACACACGACUCUCUAAGCUCCUCUCAUUCCCCUCAUAACCAACUGUUUAAUCCAGCCUCAAAAAUAGCUCUUCACUGCUUAAAUUCAUGAAGAUGAGAAGCACUACAACUUACUAGCCGAAGUCAAUCCUGAAGACCGCCAGGAAAGGUUUGUCCUGAGGGGCCAGGAACUGACUAGCACAGGCAGCGAGAGGCUGGUGUCCUGAGCAGACCACAGCGGGGGUGAUCUCUGUGGCUAGAGAAGUUACAGAGACGACUCUGCUAUAGGCUAACUGCUCUGCCUUGAUUACAAAGCAGUAAACUGGCAGAGAAGUUAAAGCCUAAAACAGAGGGUCCUCUAAAAAAACGCCAGAACCUAAUGAGAUCUGGUGGUAACCCCUCAAACCCGGAAGUGACUCAGGCAGAUUUUACCUCAGCCCUGCAGCCACAUCCAGCAGUUCGAUGCUUUUGCGGGGGCAGUUACUAAUCUGCACUGCAGGGGGGCACAGCCUGGGCACCCUCUAGUCGGCAGAGUGGGGGUCUCAGCCAAGGGCAAUAGAAGCUCCCCAGCUGACUGUGCUUCCCGGGCAGACACUUCGGGUCCCUGCAAUUCCGUUCACUGCUCUGCUGCUAACACCCACAGCCCCAGGGCAGGCUUUGGCUUGGGAAGUGAAACUCUCACUGCUCAGUGUCUAGCCCCAGGGCAGUUAUUAUCUCACACUGCCGGGGUCUUUGAAGGGCACUUUCCCAGCUCAGCCCUGCAAGCCUCAGUUACUUUCAGGUGGGGAACUCUUUCCCAGAGCACUCCAGUACCUCCCUGCUUUUUGUAGCAGGUUGGCAGGACAGCUACCCGUCCAUAUACCUUUCAAUGCUCUGGAGAGGAAGCUGGUAACCUCCUGGCUCUCAAGACAGACCUUACAGGCUUUAACAAAAUGAGUAAAAAAAUCAAAAGGACAAUAGAGAGUUUCUCUACAGAAAGAGAACAGCUUUUCAACCCUGAAGAGACUAAUAGCAGACAGUCUCUAGACAAUUGUUGGUCUCCAAUACAAAAGGCUCUCCUAGAAGAGACUAUUAAAAACCUUAAAAGAGAGCUAGAAGAGAAAUGGGGAAAGGAAAGAGAAGCUAUGCAAGAGAGCACAGAAAAGGCACAUAACUCACUAAAAGAAAAAUUUGAUAAAGUGGAAAAAGAAAACAACUUCCUGAAAUGUGAAUUGGAACAGGUAAAAAAAAAACUCCCAAGAAGUGCAGGGAAACAGAAUUUGUAAAUUGGAAAAAGAAAAUAAUUCACUAAAAAAAAAAAAUUAGUAAAAUGGAAAAAAAUUACAUAGAGCAAAAGAACUCAAUUGGACAUAUACAAAAAGAAGUUAAAAAAGCUAAUGAAGAAAAUAACUCACUAAAAAUCAGAACAGAACAAAUAGAAAUGACUGAUUCAUUGAGACAUCAAGAAUCAGUCAAGCAAAACCAAAAAAAUGAAAGGUUGGGAAAAAAUGUCAACUAUUUACUUGGAAAAGCAACAGACCUGGAAAAUAGAUCUAGGAGAGAUAACCUGAGGAUCAUCGGACUACCCGAAAAUUAUGAUGAAAAAAAGAGC